UCGGACUUCUUUCAUUUUAUGCUUGGUACAAACCACUGGCGCGCAAUCGAUUUUGCUGAUGCGGGCCGUCACUGCAGAGGGCGGAGGAGCGGGAAUUACAUCGCGCGCCUGCCGAAUGUCAGGUGCUACUGGAUGGGACUCUGACUAGGCAUUUUCUCCCCGGUGACAGACUAUUGCCGCGCGUCUUCCCAGAUAAGCGCUCCUCCUCUUCUUCCCCUCCCUUCUCUCCUCCAGCAGCGCACCGACUAUGGCCCUGGUGACUCUGCAGCGCUCUCCCACCCCCAGUGCAGCAUCCUCGGCGAGCACGGCCAACAGCAGUGCUGGGGAGGAUUUUGGGAGUGAUGAUGACAGGAAAAACAAUCAAUGCCUCAGUGAGAGUUUCUUCAUGGUGAAAGGAGCUGCCCUCUUCCUUCAACAAGGUGGCAUUGCACAGGAGCCAAAUACCCCCACUCAUCAUAAACAUGCAGGAGAUUUACCUCAACACCUUCAGGUCAUGUUUAAGAUCCUCCGCUCUGAAGAUCGCAUUAAGUUGGCUGUACGUUUAGAAAGUGGAUGGUCAGAGAGAGUGCGUUACAUGGUCGUCAUCUACACCAAUGGUCAUCAAGACACUGAGGAAAAUAUUGUUCUGGGAAUGGACUUUGCAGAUAAAGACAGUAAAACAUGUUCAAUUGGGAUGGUAUUACCACUGUGGAGUGACACAAACAUCCACUUAGAUGGAGAUGGAGGCUUUAGUGUUAACACCGCAGGGAGGUCACAUGUCUUCAAGCCUGUGUCUGUGCAGGCCAUGUGGUCGGCCCUUCAGGUCAUACAUAAAGCAUGUGAGGUGUCACGUCGGUUCAACUAUUUCCCAGGAGGCAUUGCUCUCACGUGGAUGGCCUUUUAUGAGAGCAGCAUCACCUCAGAACAAAGUUGCAUUAAUGAGUGGAAUGCUAUGACAGAUCUAGAGAGCACACGGCCAGACUCUCCUGCCACCUUUGUAGAAAGGCCAACAGAGAGAGAGAGGACAGAGUGUCUGAUUAAAGCCAAACUUCGUAACAUCAUGAUGUUUCAGGACCUGGAGAACAUCACCUCAAAGGAGAUUCGUAACGAGCUGGAGCAGCAUAUGAGUUGUAACCUCAAAGACUACAAGGAGUUUAUCGACAAUGAGAUGCUUUUAAUUUUAGGACAAAUGGACAAAGCCACUCUAAUCUUUGACCAUGUGUAUUUGGGCUCUGAAUGGAAUGCUUCAAAUCUAGAGGAGCUAAGGGACUGCGGAGUGGGUUACAUUCUGAAUGUUACAAGGGAGAUAGACAACUUCUUCCCUGGGCUGUUCUCCUACCACAAUGUGCGAGUAUAUGACGAGGAAGCCACAGACCUUCUGGCCCACUGGAAUGACACCUACAACUUCAUUGUUAAAGCCAAGAAAAACAGUUCCAAGUGCCUGGUGCACUGUAAGAUGGGGGUGAGCCGGUCUGCCUCCACUGUUAUUGCCUAUGCCAUGAAGGAGUAUGGCUGGUCUCUGGAGAAAGCCCACAACUAUGUGAAGCAAAAACGCAGCAUAGCCCAGCCAAAUGCUGCUUUCAUGAAGCAGCUUGCUGAGUAUGAAGGAAUCCUGGAUGCAAGUAAACAGCGCCAUAACAAACUUUGGAGGCCUGAAACUGAUGAGGAGAGCUCUGAUGAUCUGCAGGCGUCUGGUCACACCACUGGAGGAGAGGAGACGCCUGGACUCAGAGACGAAGAGGCCUGGGGGGGCUGUGGGGCAUCCCCCUGCAGAAUGGGACUGGAAAUGGAGCCCUUGGACUCACUGAACUAUAAUUACUACUUCAGACGUUUGUCAGAUUCUGCACUAGACAGUGAGCCAUCCACACCAGUACGAGGCCCACCUCUGCUCGGAAUGGAGCGGGUUUUCAUAGAGAUUGAAGAUGUAGAAAGGGAUGCCUUGCUGGAGGAUGAUGGGUUCCCAAUGGCCCAUUUAGCACUACCUGGAGAAGGCACAGCUGCUCAGACAUGUGGGCGUCUGGACCCUUUGGAGGACAUGAGACUGCGAUUGGAGUUCAGCACUUUGGAAGAAGAGGAUGAAGAGGAGGCCAAGAAGGAGGAGGCAGAGAUGGCUGCUCUGGCUCAAACCCCUGGAAACUCAGAUGGAAAGAGAGGAGAUGAUGACAGGCAGGAGGAGGGCCAGUUAGGCUUUGCCAACCUCAAUACUAACAACAGCAACCGGCUAGCAGCCAAGCGCAGCUGUCCUGCAGCCUUUGAUGAUAGUGGAAGCACUAGCAACCCUUUGAAGGUAAAGCCUUCAUAUCAGUCCUGUAAAGACUGUCUGCGUCUGCCCCAGGGUCGGCGCUGUGAUCGUCCAGCAGGGGGCCGGUCCCAUCGCUUAAACCCCUCACGUCAUUGUAAUAUCCCCUCAAUAUACAUCAACCCUCCUGGGACAGUCUUCACCUCUAGUCCAGUAUUACCAUCCAUGGCCACUGGAGUCAUCACUCCAAACCUCGUCCAGCCCUGCAGUCACUUUUGCCCCACCUGCUCCACUGGAGUCCCAUUCGUCCACCGGCCCAAACUAGCCUCCCCCAUGAGCUGUGAGGAUACCGACAGCAUGUCUGAGGAGGUGCAAGGACACAUUCAUGCUCAAACAGAUGCCAUAGAUCUCACCCCAGGCUUAACCCCUCAUUGUGAGAGUGCAGUUCCUCUCCAGAUGCAGAUACCACGAGUGGGGAUCGGAUUUGGACUUGAACUCAUGCAACAGAGGGCAGAGCAGCUUGAGAAAGUGCCCAGUUUGGCUGUGGAAGGCCAGCUUCCAGUCAGACCUCUGCCUUAAUAAAUGUGACCUGGAAAAGCUGAAGCUCUGGGGGCUUAGCUGUGCCUCCACAGUGAUCAGACGCAAGUGCAGAAGCCUGAUCAGUGCUGGCUUAUGCUACUGUCCAGCUCUUCUUGCAUCAGCAGCAGUAGGCUGCAUUUACAGAAAGGCUCCUAAACACACUGGGACUAGAUGAUUCAGCACUGGCUGGUGUACUUGCUUCUAGAAAACAGCCACUGAAGACAUUUUCUCUCACUUAAAAUGGUGUAUGAUUUGUAUCUUGCAGUUAGCUGGAAUUUCCAUAACCCAGUGGUGGUCGGUCAUGCUGACCAUAGACCGAAAAGCAGAACACUGCAGUUGAGGUUUUGGUCACCUUUUGUUAUUAAAGAUCACUGUUCAACUUACAGCUAGCACUUUGAUACUGUGCAAAGACAGAAAAGACAACAUGCUUCAUGCGACAAAAAAACAACAAGGCAACACACUAAUGUCCAUAAACUGUUUAGAUUAGCUCACCAAUAGUAUUUAAAAGCACGCUCAAUCCGUGUUUGCAAUUUGGGAUCACCGGCAUAGCAACUGAAUCAAGACUGUUUCAUAAGUUUUUGUUCUUGUAGAUUUGACUUUUUACCAGGGCAUUUAAUGUGACAUUAUAUGUGUAAAAAGCAUGUCAUUGUUGGUGGGUCUUGUAUCUGACCACCAUCAUCUUGUGUGUUUGCCACUCCAGUGAGUCCAAUUUUAUGACUGAUGUGAUCAUGUCCUUAAAGCACUUGACUGAGCAUGAUGACAGUGUUGCACAACAGUUGUUUGUACAUUCACACAUUUAAGUUAUGUUAUGAAAUUGAAAUCAUUUUAUUCUGCUUGUUUGGCACAAAAAUAUGUGAGGUCUCAUAUAAAGGGAGACAUACACGCUUUAUCAACUAAAGAUUUGAUUGCAGCUAAUACUACCUUAAAAUACAGGCACAGAAACAUUACUAAAAAGCUUCAGCACAUCUCCUGACAUUCUUGACUAUGGCAUAAAAAUAUAUUUUUUGUUAAUGUACUUGAACUAUGAUUCAAGUUUAAAUGCUGUCUGCCACGGAUCCUAAGUUGCUGUGCCAUAAGGAAUUACUGUGUAUAUGUGUACAUUUACUUGAAUUUGUGUUGCUCCUGUUUUCACAUGCUGGGUAUGCUGAAACCAAAGGGGUGAUUUUUUUUGGGGGGGGGUUGUUGUUUUUUUUGUUUUUUGUUUUGUUUUUUGCAUUUUUUGACAAUUUUGCUGAGAAUUCAUUUGACCCAUGCUACUGGAGCUGCUGGCUUGCUCGGUUAUAUAUUUUUAUUGCAAUUUUGCAUUUAUUACAUUUCCACAAGAUUACCAUAAGCACAUCCAGCUCAUUGUUCACUAGACAUGGUGCAUAGACUCUCCUCAUUUCGCCAACAGUUUGUACUUUUGGGUUUGUAUUUAAGUGCCUUAAACUCAGCCUUAGCUCCAUCAUAUUGAUUGAAGGCUUAGUAUCUUUGUUGAUGGUCUUGGUCUCUGUACAUACAAAACACAUUUACUCCCAGUAACAAUCAUUAACUUGUCUUUGAAACGUAUGGCAUAUCAUGUAUGCAAACAUAAACAACUGGUGGACUUCCGUUUCUAAUAUCCUAUAUAUGACUAGUCUUAUCUGUUUGAUAUUGUUCUGCCUCUGUGGUACACUGAAUGAUAAACCUCAAAUGACCUGGAAUGAGAACUAUCUUUUGCAUUUAGGAUGGGUGAGAGUUAUGCUAUCUUAAUAUUUUUUAUGUAGAAAGAAGUUUGUAACAGUUUCAACUUUGCUUUUAAUUAAAGUUGAAGUACAGUGUAAUGUAUUCCGUUACAAACAUCUGUCAUCAUAGACAAUCCACAACUUCCUCAUUGGCAUUUGUUUAUCAUUGGUUGUUU